UGGUGCCAGUAUCCAGCCUGCAACUCCAGGGUUCAGUCCAGACCCUGCUGUCUGACCAUGAAGAUUUGGUGGCUUCUGCUGGUUAUUGGUGCAUGCACAAGGAGUAUAUUCUCCCAGGACACCUGCCGGCAAGGGCACUCUGGCAUCCCUGGGAAUCCAGGUCACAAUGGCCUACCUGGAAGAGACGGACGAGAUGGUGCCAAGGGUGACAAAGGAGACACAGGAGAACGGGGCCAUCCUGGUGGCCCAGGGAAGGAUGGAAUUCGUGGAGAGAAAGGAGAACCAGGAGCAGAUGGAAGAGUUGAAGCAAAAGGCAUCAAAGGUGAUCCAGGCUCCAGAGGACCUCCAGGGAAACAUGGUCCAAAGGGAUCCAUUGGUCCUAUGGGAGAGCAAGGGCUGCCAGGAGACACUGGUCCUCAGGGGCAGAAAGGGGAUAAAGGCGAGGUGGGCCCCACUGGACCCAAAGGACUAAUGGGCAGUACUGGGCCUUUGGGUCCCAAGGGCUUACCUGGCCCAGUGGGCCCUAUUGGCAAACCAGGUCCCAAGGGAGAAGCUGGACCUAUGGGCCCUCAGGGGGAGCCAGGAGUCAGAGGAAUGAGAGGCUGGAAAGGCGAUCGAGGCGAGAAGGGGAAAGUUGGUGAGGCUCCCAUUGUGCCCAAAAGUGCUUUCACUGUGGGGCUCACAGUAAUCAGUAAGUUCCCUCCCCCAGAUGCACCCAUUAAAUUCGAUAAGAUCCUGUACAAUAAACUGAACCACUACAAUGUCGCAACGGGGAAAUUCACCUGCUAUGUGGCAGGUGUCUAUUACUUUACCUACCAUGUCACUGUGUUCUCCAGGAAUGUGCAGGUAUCUUUGGUCAAAAAUGGGGUAAAAGUCCUGCAUACCAAGGAUGGUUACAUGGGCUCUGAGGACCAGGCGUCUGGUGGCAUUGUGCUGGAGCUGAAGCUCGGGGACGAAGUAUGGAUGCAGGUGACAGGAGGAGGAGAGAGGUUCAAUGGCUUAUUUGCAGAUGAAGAUGAUGACACCACAUUCACAGGCUUCCUUCUGUUCAGCAGCUCUUAACACAAGGGCUCUGCACGUGGGCCUCGCAGAGGGCUCUGCUGGUGGAUGUGGUGCCCAGAGAACCAGCUUGGUGAACGUGGGAUGUAACUGCAUCCAUUCCUUCAAUUAUCGCACCAAUCCUAAAAUGUACAUGUGGGAAGGGAAUCCUACAGAUUCCGUCAUUUAAAUAUAUAAAUAAUAAAUGAAGAGUCACCAGGAAUGCAUCAGUGUCCCGUGAAGGCUUUCCCUCGGUGUCACUGAACAAGGACUGAGUCCAGAUUUGAACUAGUUCGUGAAUCCUGUGUCUUCCGUCCCCGCAUCUGCUUGCUGUAUGAGUUUGAAUCCAUGUCUGCCUGAAGACUGUCUUGUGAUUCUGUCCCUGUCUCCAACAAAGGGCUUUUCUGUCUCUUUUAUUGAGCAGCAAAAAAAGCAACACACAGAGGAAGGGACGAGGGAUUCUUCACAGACAUCUUCAACAGAGUUUUACAAGAAACUAAGUCACUGACUCCAAGUGUUCCCAACUGACCCAGACAACAAACAAACACUAUUAAGUGGGGUGAGGUAGGGGGCAGGAAGGAGGAGAGGAGAGAUUGGACCUGUUAUGUGAUUUGAAACCUCAAGGGCCACUCCCAGUGACACGGGUCCUCUAACAAGGCCACACCCAAUCUUUCCCAAACAGUUGCACUAACUGGAGAUGAAGCAUUCAAACAUAUGAGCCCAUGGGGGCCAUCCUCGCUCUCCUCAUUCAAACUACCACAAUAACGUAAGGGAUAUGUUUAUCAUAAUGCAUUGCCACAGUUGCAUGUAUGUAAUCUGGACUCUCUUAAAGAGCAAAAGAAUAAAUAGUG